AUGGGGGAAGAUUUGGCGCGUAGUGGUGACGGUUUCGGUACCGCAAGAUCGUCACUCUUUGUAUACCACGUGACUAAAUGCAGAGUAGGUCGUCCACAGAGUUUCAAUCUUUGGUUCGUCACUCUGGCCGCCCUUGUGGUUUCACUUCCGCCAUCUUUGUUUAAGCAGGGCUACGGACGCUUGACGGAGGCAACUGUUGAGAUAUUUGGAGCAGUGGAAAAAACAAUAACCGAGUUCCAGGAAGAAAUUGCCAGUUCAAAGGAGGAGAUCGAACGUCUACAGAGGCUUCUGGAUUUGGCUUUGAAACCCGACUUAAAGUUACAUAAAUCAGAUGCCAAGCAGCUUACUCUCCCUGUCCCAGAGGAGGUUCCCCCUGAGAAGCGGCACUGUGAGCAUGAGUGGAGCCCCAGUCUAGGCCAGGAGGAGCCAGAGCCCACACACAUUGAAGGGGAAGAGGAGGUCAGGACCAGUCAGGAGGAGCAGCAGUAUCAAGGACUAGAGCCCGACAUAGAGUUCAUAUUUACUCCACCCUGUGUGGAAAGUGACUAUGAUCAGGACCCACCCCAGCCUUCACCGACCACCAACACAACUGAAGAGAUGGACGCCGAACCGGAGGGGGAGAGAAAUGGGGCAUCAUUAACAACCAGUGACUUCCAGUCCCUCUCUGUAGAAAAUCCAGUAUCCCCUGCAGCUCAGAACAACACCAGUGGAACUGUUGAUGUAGUGGCGAGUGGAGGACUACUGUCAGCAUUGGGGUUAAUACGGACAACCAGUAUGCAAGCAAGUGUUGGAGGCCGUAGAACCAAAAAAUUACCCCACAAGAAAGUACAAAGCUCCCAUUCCAGUGCAGUAAACAGGAAAACUACCAAGUUACCCCUUAAGAUAGUGCAAAGCCCAGAUACCAGUGAUGGAGGCAGGAAGACAACCAAGUUGCCCCUGAAGACAGUGCAGAGCCCAGAUACCAGUGUAGUAGGCAGGAAGACGACCAAGUUACCCCUCAAGACAGUGCAAAGCCCUGAUACCAGUGCAGUAGGCAGGAAGACUACCAAGUUGCCCUUAAAGACAGUGCAAAGCCCUGAUACCAGUGCAAUAGGCAGGAAGACUACCAAGUUACCCCUCAAGACAGUGCAAAGCCCUGAUACCAGUGCAGUAGGCAGGAAGACUACCAAAUUACCCCUCAAGACAGUGCAAAGCCCUGAUACCAGUGCAGUAGGCAGGAAGACUACCAAGUUACCCCUCAAGACAGUGCAAAGUCCUGAUACCAGUUCAGUAGGCAGGAAGACUGCCAAGUUACCCCUCAAGACCGUGCAAAGCCCUGAUACCAGUUCAGUAGGCAGGAAGACUGCCAAGUUACCCCUCAAGACUGUGCAAAGCCCCAAUACUAGUGCAGUAGGCAGGAGAACUUCAAAGUCACCACGUAUAAGAGGAGAGGAGACUGGAGGACUACGGUCAGCACUGGGGUUAGUUCGGACAUUGAGAGCACGGGUCAAGAAAGAACAAAGCUCUCCUGCCGGUGCUGAAGCGAGGAAAACUAAAAAGUUACCCCACAAGAAAAGACAAAGUUAUCUUACCAGUGGUGGAGUCAGGAAAAUCUCCAAGUUACCCAAGGUAACAUCAGCCAAUAAAAACCAUACGGCUCCUCAUUGUUGCAAGAUGUGUGGGAAGUCUUUUGUUUUCAUGACUUAUCUUGUUAGUCAUGUGCAAAAAAUUCAUUUAAAGGAUAAAUACCAUCUUUGUGGGGUUUGUGGGAAAGAUUUUAGGUCCACAGAUAGUAUGGUGAAGCAUCUGCAAACCCACAUGGGAGUGAAGCAUUUCUGCCACGCCUGUGCUAAAGUCUUCACUUGUAGUUCCAAUCUGAAAGUGCAUAUGAGGAUCCAUACAGGGGAGAAGCCAUUUCAGUGCAAACACUGUGGGAAAGGCUUCACUGUGAGAAAAUCCCUGGAAGACCAUGAGAAGACUCACACAGGGGAGAGGCCAUUUAAGUGCACUUCAUGUGGAAAAUGUUUCUCAUCAACGACUCAUCUAAGUCGCCACCAGGAAAUUCACACAGGAGAGAAACCCUAUCAGUGCAACGAUUGCGGGAAAAGCUUCAGUCGGAAGGAAAAACUGGCAGAACAUAUGAGGACCCAUACAGGGGAGAAACCAUAUCCCUGCCCUGAAUGUGGCAAAUGCUUUGGUCUGAAGGGAAAUCUGACCACCCAUAUGAUAAGACACACAGGGGAGAAACCAUGCAGGUGCGAAGAAUGUGGCAAAUGUUUCUCUUUGAAUGCAGACCUGAAAAUUCAUAUGAGGACACACACGGGGGAGAAAAGAUAUAAGUGCAAUGUUUGUGACAAAUCCUUCACUCAGAAGGCGUACUUGGCUAGCCACAUUAUGAAACACACGGCAGAGAAACAACCGGUUCAAUGACUGGUAAAUGAUUCAAUCAAAUGGGAAUCGUGAGAGAACGAGAAGAGCACUUAGAGUAAAAACUCCUCCGUUCAUUGUGAAUUUAUUUUUGUCGUUUUCUGGUGUGAGAAAUUGACAAUACACCACCACAGUUCAAAAAGUUGAAAGAGACCUGUGUGGGGAAAAUGUGAGGUUAGAACCUAGUUUGAGAGCACAUCGUACUCUAUAUACCAUUAGGAACCUUAGAGGACGACUGGGUAGAAUAAACUUAGGGUAUGCAUGAAUAAACAUGCAGAACAUUGUUGACAAGUUUGUAGUUUGAGUGGAUUUUAAGGCAGAAGCAACAGUCCCAGCUAAUUUAUCAAAUGUCACAACAAUUUUGUCAUUAUCUUCUAUUAGCAAAACUUAUUUUGUUUGAUUAAAGGGUUAGUUCAACCAAAUUACAUUGGUUUCCUUACCCUGUAAGUAAUCUAUGGACAAGGUAUAAUGGCAAUCCAUGUUUUGGUUUAGUUUCCUUGGCACUGUUUUCACAUGCAAACUUUUUAGCACAAAUCCCAUUAGAGUCAUGGGACUGAUUUUUUUGUGACUGAGGAUCACAAUCCAUUUCAGAUACUUUCGGAUGAUUUGGACAUGAUGCGUGAAAAAUGCUAAUAUCGGUAGCAUGACUUGAAUGGGUUUUGCGCCACAAAAACUAAAACGUUAGCAUGUGGAAAAGGUCAUACGUUGUCCAUAGACUGCUUACAGGGUAAGGAAACCAAUUUUGGUGAACUAUCCCUUUAAGGCUAAUGCGUUUGAUAUUAAUGCAUCUAUAUCACAGGAGGUUGGUGGCCACUUAAUUGGGCUUAUGGUAAUGGCUGUAGCAGAAUCGGUGGAAGGGUAUCAAAUAUAGGGUUUCCACAUGUUUGACGCCAUUCCAGUCGCUCUGUUCCAGCCAUUAUUUUGAGCUGUCCUCCCCUCAGUGGUGAUCUAUGUAAUACUAUAUCAUCGGUAUCGGCUUGAUUUCAUCUUAUGAAAGUAUUUGUUGCAGCAAUAACAAAGAAUUGUGUACAUGUUUUGUCAUUUAUUGUAAUGGACUUCCUUAGCUUGACACCCAAAUUAAAUGUGUAGCUUUUUGUUUGACCUAACAUCAGCAUUUUGUGUGAAACCUAUGAAUAUUUGUCCAUUACAUUUACCAUUCAUUAAAAAUGUACAUUUUUGUUCUUGAAA